AUGUCUCGCGCAACCGGUGGAAGCGGCAGCUCGCGGAAGAUAUCCUUCAACGUGUCGGAGCAGUACGACAUCCAAGAUGUGGUUGGCGAGGGAGCAUAUGGAGUCGUCUGCUCGGCGCUACACAAGCCAUCAGGCCAAAAGGUUGCCAUUAAGAAGAUCACACCAUUCGAUCAUUCCAUGUUCUGUCUGAGAACGCUGCGAGAGAUGAAGCUCUUGAGAUACUUCAACCACGAGAACAUCAUCUCCAUCCUCGACAUUCAGAAGCCGAGGAAUUACGAGACUUUCACCGAGGUCUAUCUGAUCCAGGAACUCAUGGAGACGGAUAUGCACCGUGUUAUUCGCACGCAAGAGCUUUCCGACGAUCACUGCCAGUACUUCAUAUAUCAGACGCUGCGUGCUCUCAAGGCGAUGCACUCGGCCAAUGUUUUGCAUCGUGAUUUGAAGCCUUCCAACCUGUUGCUCAACGCCAAUUGCGAUCUCAAGGUCUGCGACUUUGGUCUCGCACGAUCGGCCGCUUCUACCGAAGACAACUCUGGAUUCAUGACGGAAUACGUUGCCACGCGUUGGUACCGAGCCCCCGAGAUCAUGCUAACGUUCAAGGAAUACACCAAAGCCAUUGACGUAUGGAGUGUGGGAUGCAUUCUGGCCGAGAUGCUCAGCGGCAAGCCACUGUUCCCUGGAAAGGACUACCACCACCAGCUCACCCUUAUCCUCGACGUUCUGGGUACACCGACUAUGGAGGACUACUACGGCAUCAAGUCCCGUCGGGCUCGCGAGUACAUUCGGUCGCUUCCUUUCAAGAAGAAGAUUCCGUGGAAGGCCAUGUUCCCCAAGACCUCCGACCUUGCUCUCGACCUUUUGGAGCGUCUGCUCGCGUUCAACCCUGUCAAGCGUAUUACAGUCGAAGACGCCCUGAAGCACCCGUACCUUGAGCCGUACCACGAUCCCGAUGACGAGCCUACUGCCGACCCUAUUCCAGAGGAGUUUUUUGACUUCGAUAAGAACAAGGACAACCUCACCAAGGAGCAAUUGAAGCUCCUCAUCUUCCAGGAAAUCAUGCGAUAA